AUGAUUACAAAAAAUAAUUUUGGAUUUUUAUUUUUUUUAAGAAGAAAUGCAAUGAAUAAAAAUGUAAAAUUUUCUUCUUUAAUUAAAUUUUCAAAAAUUAACUUAUUUAAUUCAUUCUCUGAUGAAAAAAAUGGAACCUUCGAAAACAAAAUUGAUCAAAACAAAAAAGAAUGUAUAGAGUUUGAAAAAUCAGAUAUAUAUAUGACUUUAAGAACAAAAAUUAAAGAAGUUCUUGAGAAAGAAAAGAUAGUUUUAUUCAUGAAAGGGUCACCAGAAAAACCCCUGUGUGGAUUUAGUGCAAAUGUUGUUUACAUUUUAAAUCAUAUGAAUGUAAAAGAUUAUGUUUAUAUUGAUGUUAUGAAGAAUCAAAAUUUACGUGAAGCUAUAAAAAUUUAUAGUAAUUGGCCAUAUAUUCCCCAUUUGUAUGUAAGAAAUAAUUUUAUUGGCGGGUAUGACAUAAUUUCAGAAUUAUACAAUAAAGGAGAAUUAGAAAAGAUACUAAAAUAA